GGAGAGACGCCGCCGCCGCGGCCCGCGGUCGCCUGCGGACGUGCGACGGGCUGGGCCCCUCAGCCUCUGAAGCUCGCGCCCGUCGGGGCCCCGCGUCGGCGCGCCGGAAGGUAAUCGCCCCGCGCCCGCCUGCGCGCUAAAUCGCCCCCCAGCAGCCCCGGCGCCACGCCCCGUGCCCUGUCCUGCUCGGGGCCCGAUCCCGCCCUGCUCGCGGUCUGAGAUGACUGAGGCCAGUCUGGCUUUCGUGGACACUUUGUUGACUUCUUUAAAUUAGCGGUUACUCCUGAAACUGUGCGAGGGGAUCACUCCCGAGAUGCACAGGGACAUAUGGGAUAUCAAGGAUGAAAAACAGGUCGACCAUGUGCACAGCGAGCACCAUAUCCAGAAAUGAGUGGUGGAUUGGCCCCAAGUAAGAGCACGGUGUAUGUAUCCAACUUGCCUUUUUCCCUGACCAACAAUGACUUAUACCGGAUAUUCUCCAAGUAUGGCAAAGUUGUAAAGGUUACUAUAAUGAAAGAUAAAGAUACCAGGAAGAGUAAAGGGGUAGCAUUUAUUUUGUUUUUGGAUAAAGACUCUGCACAGAACUGUACCAGGUCAAUAAAUAACAAACAGUUAUUUGGUAGAGUAAUAAAAGCAAGUAUUGCUAUUGACAAUGGAAGAGCAGCUGAGUUUAUCCGAAGACGAAACUACUUUGAUAAAUCUAAGUGUUAUGAAUGUGGGGAAAGUGGACACUUAAGUUAUGCCUGUCCCAAAAAUAUGCUUGGAGAACGUGAACCUCCAAAGAAAAAAGAGAAAAAGAAGAAGAAGAAAAUUCCUGAACCAGAAGAAGAAAUUGAAGAAGUAGAAGAGAGUGAAGAUGAAGGUGAAGAUCCUUCUCUUGACAGUCUUAGUCAGGCCAUAGCUUUCCAGCAAGCCAAAAUUGAAGAAGAACAAAACAAAUGGAAACCCAAUUCAGGAGGUCCCUCAACAUCAGAUGAUUCAAGACGCCCAAGAAUAAAGAAAAGCACGUAUUUCAGUGAUGAGGAAGAGCUUAGUGAUUAAAAUUUAUUUAUUAUGUAAAUCUCAUUAAUUUUUUAAAUAUUGAUGGUACCAGUUUAUUUGGGCUAACAAUGAUUAUUUUCAGUAUUCAAACAUAAAAACACUUAAUAUCAAGUAUUUUUUAUUCUAGAAUAGUUCAUUGAAAUUGAAAAAUAAUUAUAAAAUCAUUUUUCUGUCUUGUCUUAUCGGAAUAAAAUUUUAAAAUCAAGAUAUUAUAAUAACAAUUCACCUUGAAAACAGUUCAUUUGAAUAAAAAAGAAAAUACUGUCAUA